AUGACCGUCACAAACGAAGCCUCAAACGCCGUCAAGCAAAAUGGCAGUACGCCAGAGGAAGUGACCGUGGCUUUGGCCGCAUUUGUUGUAUCAUUCCCGAGUGACGCUCUUUCUCAAGAAAUCGUCACCAAACUCAAGGCAUUGCUAUUGGAUUACCUUGGAGUUUCUGCAUCAGCAGGCGCCUUUGCCGAGUCAACUCCGAAGUUUUUGGCAGGUAUCACAAAGUUCUCGCAAGGUGCCAAAGGGAGUUGUACCGUUUUGACCAAAGGCUCGACAUUUCCGCCUCAUUAUGCAGCACUUUUGAAUGGUGCUUGGUGCCAUACGUACGACUUUGAUGAUACAACGGCCGAGGCACUUCUCCAUCCGGGGAGCAGCCUGAUCUCUGCUGCUUUGGCCGAAGCUGAAACCCUCAAUGCAUCCGGAGCCGACUUUCUCCUAGCUUUGGCUGUCGGCUAUGAAGUGGCCUGUCGCAUAGGAGUUGCUCUCGGACUAGGAUCAUACCGCCGAGGAUUCCACAACACAGGCACCGUGGGUCUGUAUGGGUCAAUCGCAGCCGUCAGCAAGCUCAGGGGCUCUUCUCAGCAGAUAGUUGAGGAUGCUUUCGGGCUUGCACUCUCCAAGGCGGCCGGAUCCAUGCAGUUCUUGGAGAAUGGUAGCUGGAACAAGCGUCUUCACCCCGGGUUUGCCGCUCACGAUGCGCUUCUCUGUGUCAGCCUGGCUGAAGCUGGCGUGAUUGGCGCCACGAAAGCGAUUGAAGGCAGAUAUGGACUUCUUCACAAUUACUCCGAGGCAGGAAACCCUGAUACAUUGACUCGGGGUCUAGGAAAGAAGUGGACUUUCCUCACAACAGCAUGUAAGCCAUUUCCAGCCUGCAGGAUGACCCACGGCCAGCUGGAAAUGGUUGGGAAAAUGCGCAAAGCCUAUGCUUCUCAUGGACUACCGGCGCGGGUGACAAUUUCUCUUCCCCCAGGCUGCUUCCCCAUUGUCGGAAUCCCAACUCCAAAUAAAAUCCAGCCAGACUGUAUCGUUGACGCUCAGUUUAGCUCGUACUACCAAGUCGCUGCUUCGUGGUUGUACGGAACUGACCUCGGCUGGGCUAUAUACGAUAAGAUUCAAGACGAGAACGUGCGCGAACUUUGCCGCAAAGUCACAUGCGAGAUUGAUGAGUCGUACGGCAGCAUUGAGUCUCGACUGAAAAUGGUGUUCGAGGACGGGACCACGGUCGAGGAUGAAGUGAUCCAUCCUCUUGGCGAGCCUGAGCAUCCCUUUGAAUGGGAUACCGGCGUUAAGCAGAAGUUCAAAGGUCUCGCAGAGCCCGUUUACGGGGUGACCAAGUCUCAGCAAAUCUCUGAUUUAGUUGGCCGGGUUGACGAGGUCGCUGUUGUUGACUUGAUGAAGCUAGUUGCGUAG